UAAUGUUGAGAUUAGUGUCUUUCUAUAGAUUUACAAAUAUUUCAAUGGCAAAAGGAGCACUUUUAAAAACUGUUUCUAAAGAAUACAAAUACGAAUAUCAUCAAUAUGAGUAAGAACCUACUUUAAUGAAACAAAUCAAACAUUUAGGAUUUCAAUUGAUAGAUGAUCCAAAAACUAAUAAAGUCACACUUAAAAAAGAAUUCUCAUCUGCAAAGAUAUCUAUUGAAUUUAGAGGAACACCUCCUCCUGUAGAGGGUAAAAUGUAACAAUUUUGAAAAUCACUUAAAAUUAGAAAAAUUCCAAAAGAAGACCAAUCAAUUACAUAAAAUCCUAAAUAUUAAGACAAAAUACAAACAAAGAUUUAGGAGAGAAAGGAAGAGUUUGAUUUAGGAACAUUUUCUGUAGAUUAUACAGUUCUAAUUGAAACUGAAAAAGGAGAAGCUAUAGCAUUUGAAUGCAAUACAAGUAUUACUUGAAAGGAAUGAACUACAGGUAACCAGACUACUUUCAUAAAUUACGUACAACCAGUCUAUGAUAUCCAAGAGUACAAAACAAGAUCCAAAUAUCAUAAAUUCAUUACAGAUUAUUCAGGGCCAGAAAUUAAUAAAUUAGAUGAAGUUAAAAUAAUCAUUAAUUUUUUUAGUAAUUAAAGCAAUCUUUUUAUAAUUACUUGGAAAGCUUUGGUAUUAAUUAAUCAUUUAAUGCAUUAAUUGAGGCUUAUUCUCUAGACAAAGAGUAAAGAUCAUAUAUGGAAUUUUUAAAAACCAUGGAAAAGUUUUUAUCAAUUUGA